UGUCUCAGGCUGUCUGCCUUCUGGUUGUGAGUGGCGUCCUGUGGGCUGCCUGGCACUAACUCACAGUUGCACGCACGCAGUACGCAGUUAUCGUUCUGUGCCGGUCUCUCUACCGAUAAUAUCCUGUCAACGCUCAUUCAUAACCUCUCGCAAACGGUGUGAGAUCCAAUUGGUAUAGUUAUGGAAGCGCCUGAAGAAAAUGCCAAUACUACUGAAGCUAAGGAAACACCAGAAGAUAAUGCCAAUACUAGUGAAGCCAAGGAAACACCAGAAGAUAAUAACCAUACUAGUGAAGCCAAGGCAACACCAGAAGAUAAAGACCAUAUUAGUGAAGUCAAGGUAACACCAGAAGAUAAAGACCAUACUAGUGAAGUCAAGGCAACACCAGAAGAUAAAGACCAUACUAGUGAAGUCAAGGUAACACCAGAAGAUAAAGACCAUACUAGUGAAGCCAAGGCAACACUAGAAGAUAAAGACCAUACUAGUGAAGUCAAGGUAACACCAGAAGAUAAAGACCAUACUAGUGAAGUCAAGGUAACACCAGAAGAUAAUUUAUAUACAAGCAAAGACAAGGUAACACCAGUAGACCCUACUUUUUACUCCCGUCUGGAAGCUUUCAAACUCUCUGAGAGUAACCUGAGUCGCUUCAACUAUCCACGGCCACAUAAACUUCAGCAUGACAAAGCUGAACUGCAUAACUUGGCUGAUCAACUAAGCUUCUACAAAGUUAUCCCAGGACCAAACAAACGGACAUGUAAGCGCUGUGAAUUAACAUAUAGUGUUCAGAAUAAUGGACGCCCUGCUUUAAAGGUAGAGUGUGUGUACCAUAUGCGCAGGUUGGCCAAGACCAGGAGGCCAUUUUACCCCUGUUGUAGUGGAAAAAUCUCCUCAAGACCAUGCAAGAGGGCACCACUGCAUGUCACCUCUGAUAUAAAUCCUAAUAAUCUGCAUGGUUUCUUAAAUAUCCAACUAAAUAAUAAGGUAUCUGAGCCAGGUGUGUAUGCCCUAGACUGUGAGAUGAUUUUCACUACAGAGGGGAUGGAUGUGGCCGCCAUCUCUGUGGUGGACUCUGAAUGCGAGGUGGUGUAUGAGACGCUGGUAGUGCCCAACGCUCCCAUAUUGGACUAUAACACAGAAUUUUCAGAACUCACCGAGAAACAGUUCCAAAAAGUCACGACACGACUAACGGAUGUCCAUGCCAAAUUUCUCACGCUGUUUGGGAGUAAAACCAUCCUAGUUGGUCAUGGACUUGAAAAUGACCUCAUUAGGCUGAAAGUGAUGCAUAACCAUAUUGUGGAUACCUGCCAUCUUUAUCCGCAUCCAAAGGGGCUACCUUUCCGCCGUUCUCUGUUUCACCUGAAGAAUGAUUAUCUGUCUUCCACCACAUUUGUCUCGGGACUUAAAUGUCGUGGUGAUGCUGUGGCCUGCAUGAAAUUAGCCCUUCGUAAGUGUGAGGUCAACCCAUUUGAAAAAAGGUCUUGGAAAAUUCUAAAAACAUUUUAGAACAUCCUGAUACUUGAUAAAUAAAGAAGGAAGAUGGGUACAGGAAAUAGAGCCAUUACUGUAGCUGAAAUUUAAACUUAGUGGUGACUGUAAGAGGAAGUUUAUUGACUGGAGUUUAGCACUAAACUACCAUCAAUCUCUUCACUAACUACUGUAAUGAGUAUCAUCUCUCCUUGCAUAUUUAAUUAUUAUCAAGCAACUAUUCUCAGUUCACAUGUGGAGUUAAUAUCAUUAUCUCCAAUCUAUUCUCUGUGUCUUAUCACAAAUAGAAUUAUUAUCAAUGCCAUCUCUUGAUACUUUACCUUACUUUUUAAAAUUACCCAUAUUGUACAAAAGUGGUCUCUGAGGGUUUUAAAUGUACCCAGGUAAUAAUAAUAAUGUUUACUCAGUCACAAGUUGAAAAUUUUUUAAGUAAAUGCAUAAUACAGUACAUAUAAUUAUAUGUUAAUGUUAACUAAUUACUGAUUAAACACUUAAUUUUCAUCAAUUAUGCAAUAUUCUUCAAAUAAGUACUGUAUUAGUAUCACAGCUAAUAAUAAUCCCUUAUGUACAAGUGCAGUAUUUUUAGUGUUUGAUACAAUACUUUUUUUUUCAAUUAUGCACAACUACAGUACUCACUAAUUUGGUUUAAAGUCAAUAAUAAAGUCACUGUUGCUGAAAAUAGAGUUUUAACUUUUUCACAUUAUAUAUAUAAAAUACCUGUGGAUUACCAGAUAGUUCGGAGGAUUGGGUAUAAUGUGUGUGUGUGUUUGUGUACACAUGCAUGUGUUUGCAUGUGUACACAUGUAUUCUCCUAGGUUAGGGAGGUAUGUUGAGCAUGGGGGAAAAUACUUUGGUGUGUUACUAAUACUGUAGUAUGAAGGAAGGAUUUAUACCCUACAAUUGUUAUUAACAUUUAACUAUUAGUAUAUUGCACUGUACUAACAAUUACCUAUAUUAAUGUAUAAAGGAAUUGUUAGAAUCUCUUAAAAAAAACAAUGUUACCUAAAAGAGAUGGAAGUUACCUCACUGUGGUAAUUUAACUUCUAUGGUGGGGUACAGUUAUUAGGUACUGUACUUUGGUAAAAAUAAAAAAAAUUAUAGAACCUCCAUCAUCCCACUUUUUUGUAACUGUGAAUAAUAAAAUUAGUUUAUGAACUGUAAAUAUGGUUCCAUUACUCUUAUGAUCCAAUUGGAAUCAGGUGAGGUUGUGUUGAAGGCACCCACAAGAAAAAAGGAGUAAAGACUCAUAAAAGAUUGGGAACCGCUUUCUUAAGUGUUCAGUUCAUUACAGGGUACAGUACUUGUGUGCUUGUUAAAGUUCUUGUAAUAAGUUGGUGAUAUGUUUGUACUGUAGAGGUAUAUAACUUUACAUUGUCCUAAUUCUUAUAAUAAUAAUACAGUAAAUAUGAUUUAUAUUUUUGUUGUAUGAUGAUACACUUUUUUCUUAAAAUUUUUAUAAUGUGUUGUCUCCUGUGCAAAAUAAAAUACGUAUGUUAAUAA